CAGCCGCUGACCCCACUGCCGCCGCCGCCAGCAUGGCGGAGCCGCCUCCCGCCGAGCCGGCGGGCAGGGAGCUGCGGGACCGCCUGAGCCUGUGGGACCGCCGCCCGCAGCCCUCCGCGCCGCUCAGCGACCGCCAGACGGACUCGGUGCUGGAGCUGAAGGCGGCGGCCGAGAACCUGCCGGUACCGCCGGAGCUUCCAAUUGAAGAUUUGUGCAGCCUGACAUCCCAGUCACCAACUGUUACGCUGAUGGCUGUGGUGCCAGAAUCCACAGAGGAUGUGCUCUUGAAAGGAUUUGCUGUCCUGGGGAUGGAGAAUGAAAGAAUUGAAACAGCACAGCAGUUCUUCUCGUGGUUUGCUCAGGUACAAACACAGAUGGAUCAAGAUGAAGGUGCCAAGUACAGACAGAUGAGGGAUUACUUGUCUGGGUUUCAGGAGCAAUGUGAUGCUAUCUUGAACGAUGUGAAUAGUGCCCUUCAGCACCUGGAGUCACUGCAAAAACAGUACCUUUUUGUGUCCACAAAGACAGGAACACUGCACGAGGCCUGUGAACAGCUUUUGAAAGAGCAGUCAGAACUAGUUGACCUGGCUGAAAACAUCCAACAGAAGCUUUCCUAUUUUAAUGAGCUGGAAACCAUCAACACAAAACUGAAUUCCCCUACACUCUCUGUGAACAGUGAAGGAUUCAUUCCCAUGCUGGCUAAGCUUGAUGAUUGUAUUGCAUACAUUUCAUCACAUCCAAAUUUUAAAGACUACCCUGUAUAUUUGGUAAAGUUUAAACAAUGCCUUUCUAAAGCUAUGCACCUUAUCAAGACGUACACUGUGAAUACCCUACAGAACCUCACAAGCCAGUUAAUGAAAAGGGAUCCUUCAUCUGUGCCAAAUUCUGACAAUGCCUUCACGCUGUUUUAUGUAAAAUUCAGAGCAGCUGCUCCCAAAGUCAGAACUCUUAUUGAACAAGUAGAGCAAAGAACUGAAAAGAUGCCAGAGUAUCAGCAAGUUCUCAAUGAAAUCCAUCAGUGUUACCUCGACCAGAGGGAGCUUUUGCUUGGUCCAAGUAUUGCUAGCACUGUUACAGAAUUAACCAAUCAGAACAACAAAGAUCAUUGUGCUCUGGUGCGAAGUGGCUGUGCCUUUAUGGUCCAUGUAUGCCAGGAUGAACACCAGCUUUACAAUGAGUUCUUCACAAAGCCAACACCAAAACUGGAUGAACUCUUGGAGAAGUUGUGUCUUUCAUUGUAUGAUGUCCUAAGGCCAAUGAUCAUCCAUGUUAUUCACUUAGAAACACUUUCUGAACUCUGUGGGAUUCUCAAAAAUGAGAUGCUUGAAGAUCAUGUGCAGAACAAUGCUGAACAACUGGGUGCCUUUGCAGCUGGUGUCAAACAGAUGUUAGAAGAUGUACAAGAGCGUCUUGUCUAUAGGACACACAUUUACAUUCAGACUGAUAUCACAGGCUAUAAGCCUGCUCCAGGUGAUCUUGCAUAUCCUGACAAGUUGGAAAUGAUGGAGCAAAUUGCACAGAGUUUAAAAGAGGAAAAGAAGAAGGUGCCAUCUGAAGCUUCAUUUUCAGAUGUCCGGCUAGAAGAUCCCGAGUCCAGCAGCUUGGUUAAAUCUGGUUCAGCAGAAUCCCUUAAUCCCAGGCACCAGACCAUGAUUUCACCAGCAGAUCUGCAUGGAAUGUGGUAUCCCACUGUCAGAAGGACUCUAGUUUGUCUCUCCAAGCUGUACAGAUGUAUAGAUAGGGCAGUGUUUCAGGGAUUAUCGCAAGAGGCCUUAUCUGCCUGCAUCCACUCGCUCCUGGGAGCUGCUGAUUCCAUCAGCAAAAAUAAGACCCAGGUUGAUGGACAGCUUUUCUUAAUAAAACACCUUUUGAUUCUUCGUGAACAAAUUGCUCCUUUCCACACUGAUUUCACCAUUAAGGAAAUUUCCCUGGACCUUAAGAAAACUAGAGAUGCAGCAUUUAAAAUCCUGAACCCUAAGACAGUUUCAAGAUUUUUUAGACUGAACAGCAACAACGCCUUGAUACAGUUCCUACUGGAGGGUACUCCAGAAAUCAGAGAACAUUAUAUUGACUCUAAGAAGGAUGUAGAUCGUCACCUGAAAUCAGCCUGUGAGCAGUUUAUUCAGCAGCAAACCAAACAGUUCAUAGAACAGCUGGAGGAGUUCAUGGCAAAGGUGGCUGCUUUAAAAACAAUGGCCACUCAAGGAGGUCCCAAAUACAGCCUCUCACAGCAACCUUGGGCACAACCAGCAAAGAUCAAUGAUCUGAUCUCUUCCACUUACAAGACCAUAAAAACAAAGCUACCAUCAACCUUACGAAGCAUGUCAUUAUACCUGUCCAACAAAGAUACAGAAUUAAUUUUGUUUAAGCCAGUUAGGAAUAAUAUUCAGCAAAUGUUCCAGAAACUCCAUGCUUUCUUAAAGGAAGAAUUUAGUAAUGAAGAUCUCCAGAUCAUAGCUUGUCCUUCAAUGGAACAGGUGAACUUACUUUUAUCUAUGUCCAAGUAGCCCAACAGUGAUGCUGCUUGAAAUAAGCUUCAGCUGCUUGCCAGGCAGUGAAGGGAAUGUGAAGACAUUUGCUUGAAGUAAAGGAAGGAUCCCACUGUGCAGUCCACUCUGCAUCAAAGCUAUCGAGGCUGCUGAACCCUCUUAGGGGAAAAAAAAACAACACAACAAAAAUCCAGCCAACAGCAAACCCCUCAGCUUUACUGAUUUGUUAAAGGUCUUCCUGUUCAUUGGCUUGAGAAGGGGUAAGAAAAUGAAACAAAACCCCUUUGUUGGAUCACUCUUACGGAAGCUCAGUUACUGUCUUAUCCAGAUGUUUUCAAAGUUGAAAUCCUGGGGUUUUUUUAAUGUAAAAACCUUUCUUCCUUUCUUGCUUUCCUUUAGUAAGCUGAUGUUUGCAGUGAAAACCACACUUUGAAAGACAUGCUGGUAAUGAAGCACAGGGAAUCAAAUGGGAGUGGUAAUAGAUAUUUGCAAGAUAAGCACAUUGGUAUCCCAAUUUGAUUUAAGCAGGCAUGCUCCAAUUUUCCUUUAACUCACCUGAAAAUCCUGGUAAUCCACCACAUGCAUGAACAUAAUUCAGAGAUUUAGAUGGGAGAGCUUUUUUUCCCCACAUGCGAAGCAUUUCUUGAAACACUGGAUGUGCUGGUUUUCUUACACUGUUGUGGCUGGGAGCUGUGAGGUCUAAACCUGAAGUUUCACACUCUCAACCUUCCUCCAUGUAAAGAAUCUCAGUUCCUUGGGAUUUGCAAUGGAAAGCUGUGCAAUAUAAUUUCUCUUGUUUCUGAGGGAACUGCAUAUUUUCAGAUGCUUUACAGCAAAGCUUAGCAUUGAGAUUCUCAGGUACUUAGUGUUAGGUUACUGUUCUGGGGUUUUUUUUGCCUUACCCAAGAUCAAACGGUGGUGUUGCAUUGUUUAAAUUAGGGACUGGGACUUGUACAGCAUUUCUGUGCUGGAGUAAGUGCUAAUCAGGGUGUGUAGGGAUGCCAGAAAUGGAAUGUGCAAACCUGUCAAAUCAGCAUAGUAAAGAGGGGUAAGUACUUGGUAACUGGUAAUCAGUGCAUGCUGUUCAGUCUACAUUAAUUGGUCAUUAUUUUGAAAAACUGUAUGCUAAACACUCAGCCAGUACUCCAGUGAAACACUACAAGCAGCUGUAGGGUGUCUCAGUGCAUAGAAAAAGGUGGUGACUUACAUGGCAGAUUUUUAACUUACUUAUAAAACCUGUUUUGUAGUAGAUGUAGAUACUUCCAUGCACAUCAGUGGUGUUUUGAUUUAAUUUUCCUGUUACAAAUCACGUGGCUGGAGAAUAAGAGGGUAGGAUGUAAAGCUACCACAAGAAGUGUUGCAACAGUGGUGCUGAGGUACAUAAAUGGUACUCCUAGGACCUUACAUGACUCCUUAAAAAUGAACUAAAGGACCUAACAAGGAAGAAAACUUGCCCUUUGUUUUUACUGAUAUAGAAAUGCAGGCUGUAAGAUAAUGUCUGGUGCAUUGUAAUAUAUGUAUAUUUGUUUUUUUAUAAAGUUUUACAGAAGGACUGCACGGUCGCUGUACAGAGUAAUUACUGACUUAAUACAAACAUUGUACAGAGAAGAUGUGAAGGGUAAACAGUUGCAAUAGUCACUCCUGUGCUUGGGAUCUUUUUCUCUCUUAGAGUACACAGACAGCUCUGGGACAGCUGGUGGAAAGAUUAAAAGAGCAAUCAGUUUAUACAGCCUGUUUGCUAAACGAACAUUUGUUUAAACAUGUACAGUUUCAGAUAUUUACGUUUACAAAUAGUGUAAAUACUUUCAAAAGAUUAAUUUAAGAUGCUUUAUAUUAUCUGACUAGAAACUUGCUGUUUUUAAUUUUUUUAAAUAAAAAUGUUGCCUCCUAUUUUGGUCCAAGAGUAAAGCUUUAUUCUGUAUCCUGAGGCUUGUUUGUCAAGGUAACUGUAGUACAGAGACAAUAAACAUCUUGUAAGCACAGGCAGUGCAUCACUGAGAGAAAGUGUUCUUUUUUAGCAGUAAGAGAACUGACUUUAUUUGGCACAGAUGUAUACCUGAGUGCUGAAUGUACAGCUAAUUGUUAAAGUAAUGCCUCUUUAUGGUUAUAAUAAAAGUAAAUUUG